UUCAUACCAACCGGGAAUCUUUCAUAUUGUGGACGCGACAAUGAGUACACGGGGGCAGAGUCCGCGGUUGCUGCUGCUGGGCCUACUGGUCUUGGCAUUGUUGGUGGGCUUGGGCGAGUCCGUGGUGCUAAAGACGCGCGCGAGGCGGGUCAAGGCCUCCAAGGACAGCCGAAUCGUCGAGCACAAGGACAUAAACGUGUGCGACAUAGAGCAGGAGGAGACGCCGCUUUACUGCUACUGCAACGACAACAAGCUGGCGAGCGCCGAGGACGUCAACUGCUUGAUCUUCAAUCGGCUCGAGCUGGCCAAUCCGAUAUGGGCGCACUUCAACUCCCAGAUGUACAUACGCAAGUUGAGCUUUGUCGUGAGGAACGACGGCAGCUUCACGUACAUACCCACGGCUCUGCUGCGACAGCUCAAGAGCCUCAACACCAUAAGCUUCCAGCACGCGAAGCUCGAUGCCAUUGAGAACCAGGCCUUUGCCGCCCUGCCCAGCAUAUCCACCAUCAAUCUCAGCAAGAACAACAUCAACGUUCUCAAGUGGCACUCCUUCGAGAGCUUGAGGAACCUCACCGUCCUCAAUCUCGACGACAACAACAUUGUCGAGCUCAACAGGGACAUCUUCUACGACGUGCCGAAGCUGCAGAAGCUCUUCGUGAACCACAACAACGUGUCGACCUUGCACGAGAAGGCCUUCUCGCACCUGCCGUCCCUGCAAGAGCUCGAGCUGAACAACAACAAAAUCUCGACGAUCAACCCCGCGAGUUUCCAGGAUCUGCGUAUGCUCGAGCGCCUCGACCUGCGCAACAACCAGAUAGCCAAGCUGGCCGAGCGCAGCUUCAUCGAGAUGCCGGAGCUCCAGGAGCUCGACCUCGACCAGAACAGGAUCACCAGCAUCGCCAACUACGCCUUCGACGGCUUGAGGAGCCUCAAGAAGCUCAGGCUCAGCGAGAACAAGCUCGUCCAGCUCGAGCCUGACUUCCUUGCCGGCGCCACGUCCAUCAAUCUGCUCGACGUCAGGGAGAACGAGCUGCGCACCAUCACCUUUGACAACAUCAAGCCCAUCGUCACCAACUUCUACAAGAACGCCAGCUACCUGCAUCUCGAUGGUAACAAGCUCGUUUGCGACUGUAAGCUUACGUGGAUCUGGGGCCUAAGGAAUGAGACGAAGAAUCUGAAGCUGCGCGAGGGACUGGAGGAGCUCACGUGCUACCUCGAGGCUGGUUACGAGCCGAAAUUCGACAAUCCCGGCGAGGACAUGCAUCGGGCACUCGAGGCUGUGCGCAAUGGCUUCCAAUUCAAAUCCGAAGAUUCUUAUUCGUCUGACAACUACGAAGAUGAUUACAGCGAGGACUACGGCAAUCCCCCAGUUGGACACCAGACCGAAAUGGACGGGAAAACGGUGUACGUGAAGCACCUCCUCGACCUGAAGCCCGACCAGCUGCCCUGCCAGUCGAGGGAGGACGUGAUGGCGUCCGAGCAGCCUUCCGGGCGCCGCGAGCACGGCUCAUCGAGUUCGAUCUUCUCCUUCGCCACCGGUGCCGCUCCCGGACUCCAUCGGCAAAUGCUCGCCAACGCCUUGACGAUCUGCAUCCUCGCCAAGGCCGUCCUGUUCACGUAG